AUGAUUCAAAGAGGAGUCUCUCUAUCCAUUUUCCCAAAGAUUAUGAGAGCAAAAACAUCAAAGGAUGCAUGGACUAUUCUACAACAAGAGUUUGAAGGAGACUCAAAGGUGAGAACUGUGAAACUUCAAUCUCUUAAGAGAGACUAUGAAAAUGAAAGAAUGAAGGAGAAUGAGAGUUUGAAUGAAUACUUCAACGGACUCUCUGAAUUGGUGAAUCAAAUGAAGUCACAUGGAGAUAAAAUAGAUGAUCGCAGAAUUGUUGAUAAAAUUCUGAUUAGUUUGACAGAAAAAUUUGAUCCUAUGGUGACUGUUAUUGAAGAAACUAAGGACCUAUCAACUAUGUCUGUUCAAGGGUUGAUGGGGUCUUUGAGAUCUUAUGAGCAAAGGUUGUUACGACGUUCAGAAAAAUCAGUUGAGAGUGCCUUUCAAUCUAAACUCAACAUUCAGCCCAACAAUGGUGAAAAUAAGCCUCCAACACAAAAUAGAGGUGAGUCUUCUAGAGAUGGCAGAUUCGGAAGAGGCCGAGGUAGAGGCAGAAACUCACGAGGUAGAGGAAGAGGCGCGAAUGGUGGAAGAUGGCAUGAAGGAGCAUCAAAUAAAUGGUGCAACAUUUGUAAAAGUAACACUCAUGCAGAGAAAGAUUGUUGGAACAAGGGCAAAUCACAAUGUCACAAUUGCAAGAGAUUCGGGCACAUUCAAAAAGAUUGUCGUUUUGGCAAUCAUCAGCAUGCUUCAUUUGCAGAAGGAGAAAAUGAUGAAGAAUAUACUUGUCUUUUCAAUGGCUAUAUCAAUUCUUUAAGCACAUUGUGA